GAUACGCCUCAAUACUGGUACGUAAACUUCCAUUCAGUUUCCUAUUCCCAUAUUAUAAUAAUUUAAAACUAUAUUUUAAACAGGUUUCUUUGAAAAUUUGCUUAGAAGAUAAGCCUGCAGCCGACAUUGCCCAAGUCUAUAUAAGACCCAUACUUUAGCAAUUCCAACAUAUAUAAAAAAGAGAAAACCAACUCAGCCAUUCUAUUUAACAAGAAAAAAAGAAGAAGGUAUUGUAUUGUUGGCAUGGCAAAGAUCAAAGACGGUUCGCUACUUAGCCGGUUGAGACGAGCCGUAAAUAAAGUGAAAUUCGUGUUAAGUUUCAAGAUAAAUAGCCUCUGGGGUCUCGUACCAAUGCUUGGUUGUUCUUCUUCUUCCUCAGCUCUUCGGUUCAGUUUCAACGAUAGACCCGGUUUAGCAGCGGCUUGUGCCGAGGAGAAUGAAUCGGACUCAGCCUGUUCUUCAAGAGGAGCGUUGUAUAGAGCCGGGAGUUAUGAUCCAUCUUCAGACGAAGAUAUUGACAACAAAGCUGAGACUUUCAUAGCUAAUUUCUACAAGCAGCUUAAGAUUGAGAGACAAAUCUCUUUGGAACUUAAAUACUUGGGUAAUAAUCAGAGUUUCAACUAUAGGUCACCUUAGCUUUCAUACUUUUAUUUAUUCAUUCGUUCAUUUGUUGUAAUAAUAAGAUCCUAAAAUUUCAUUGGGUCUUGGUUGAUGAUGGGGCCUGCUAUAUUUUUGUGGUUAGGCUUCACGUAUCAUCAUUACAUUUUAUAAUGUUGAUUGUUGAAUGUAAUGAUCACAUAAGAGAAAAUUGUCUUGAUGUAAUUAAUGUCAUUUGAUGGAUUUGCAUAUCUCAAGCAUUUGUUUUGUUUUGUU